ACGGUAAGAUCACAUUUAGUUUAUAUUGGUUGAAGAAUUGGAGUCAUUACUUACUGCAAUCACGACGGGCCGUCGUUUUCUUUGUAUCUUCUUCCCAAUCACGUGGCUUGCAGGAGGUUCCAAUCCACAGUCUGCACAAAACACGGCAAAGCACAAGAAUGGAAGUGUUCAGCUUGGGAGUUCAACCACCACCUACCCAGUUUCCUUGUUCGACGAUGGACUUUAAUGAAAGACAUCGUCUCAUGAAUCUCCCUCUCACUCUCCACACACGUCCAUUUACUUCCCAAAUCAUUGAUAUCCAUAUUCUCCGUCAAUCCCCACCCCAUUCUCUGCGUGGUUUGGCCCGUUGGAAUGGUUGCGAUCGCCCAUUUCCGAGGACAUCAAGCAGGCAUCUUUUGCUGCACUUCUUCUCUGUCUCCUACCCUUUGCUGAGAGUUGCCAUCAUCAAGGAGUAUAGUGCUCUGUUUUGGACGGCCGAGCUCAUCACUGUAACUGGAAGAUUAGCAGCUCUUGAUUCGGUCAUGGGCAGCGGAGCCGUGAGGACGGCGUUGGUGGUGGCGGGGCGGGUGGCCAACGACGUGCUCAGCUUCGUUGUCUUUACUCUGCUGGACGUGGUGGACGGGCUCCUCUGCUUCUUCUACAAGCUGGCGGAUUAUGCGCUGGAGGCGCAGUGGAAGCCCUGCUACUGCUCCUCCUCGCCGGGUGGAAUCAUCUCUGGCAGUAGCAAGAUCUUCGUCCUCUCCAUGAUCUCCUCCACCAAGCUACAUCUCGAGGACAUCUCCGAUACUCUCUACUCCCGCCCUUCCUUCCUCUCCGAAACCUCCAAGACUGUCCUCGACGAGCUCCGCAGGCGAAAACUCAUCCGGUGGCGGCGCAGCACUUCGCCGUCCUCUGUAACCGCCGCCACCACUGUCACCGUCAACUCCACCAUAAUCCAGAUGCUACAGGGAAAGAUGGGCAGCAAGAAGUCGCACCCCGUCCGCUCCUGGUCCGACUGUCCAUGCGACAGCUGCUCCCCGUCCGGCUCGCGCGACACUCUCUUCGUCCAUGCCGAAUGCCCCAAAGAUGGAAGCAUGGCAGAGGAGGACGUGCUGUUCAUCCAUGGAUUCAUAUCCUCAUCAGCAUUCUGGACGGAGACGGUGUUCCCCAACUUCGGCGACGAGGCCCGGGCGAGGUAUCGCCUGCUUGCGGUGGAUCUGCUGGGGUUCGGCAAGAGCCCCAAGCCGGUGGACUCGCUGUACACGUUAAGAGAGCACGUCGAGACCAUCGAGAAGUCCGUCCUGGAGUGCUACAACGUCAAGUCCUUCCACCUCGUAGCACAUUCUCUGGGCUCUCUCCUCGCGCUCGCCCUCGCCGUCAAGCACCCCGGCGCGGUCAAAUCCCUCACCAUCCUCGCGCCGCCGUACUUCCCGGUGCCGAAGGGGGAGCAGGGGACGCAAUACGUCCUGCGGCGGGUGGCGCCGCGACGGGUGUGGCCACCGAUCACAUUCGGCUCGUCGGUGAUCUGCUGGUACGAGCACAUCAGCCGCACGGUGUGCCUCAUCCUGUGCAAGCACCACCGCCUGUGGGAGCGUAUCUUCAAGUUCGCAACACGUAACAGGGUUAGGACGUACCUAAUGGACGGCUUCUUCUGCCACGCUCACCACGCUUCGUGGCACACUCUCCACAACAUCAUCUGCGGCAGCGCCGGCAAGAUGGAGGGGUACCUCGACGAGGUGAGGGACCGGCUAAGCUGCGACGUCGCGGUGUUCCAUGGGAGAGACGACGAGCUCCUCCCGCUGGAGUGCAGCUACGCCGUCAAGUCCAAGAUCCCGCGAGCUCGCGUUACGGUCGUCGACGACAAGGAUCACAUUACCAUCGUUGUGGGCCGGCAGAAAGCCUUCGCCAGAGAGCUUGAGGAGAUCUGGAGGAAUGCCAAAUCUAAUUCAGAGCGUUACUCUCAAAGAAGAAAAAAUUAGGGAGAAAAAAGAAACUCCUAAAAACGACCCCCCAAAAAAAAGGAAAAGGGAAACAGUAUGUAUCCCUUAGGAGAUAUUUCCUCAGAGGAAAGGUGGGAAAAGUCUCUUCUAUGUGUGUUUUUAAGGAUUUGAUAUUAUUUCCUUUGUCAAUAAAAUUCAUACAAUUACCUA